AUGAUUACAGAAUUGUCCCUGUAUCGAUCCAUGCCUGUGGAUUGGAUUACACAAGAAGAAUUCCAGUCCUUAGUAAAGGCAGUCAAAAAGAAGCAUAGAAAAGCUAUUCUUUCUUUAAAUACAGCGAUUGAUAUUGUCAAGAUAGUAGAACAAGGGAAGAGACAAUGUCAUCUUGGUACUGCUGCUUAUCGUUAUUGGGUAAGAAGAAGGUUUAUGCUCCAUCAAGAGAGUGGUCAUCAAGUGUUGUGUACAAGAACAGUCGAUGGGAUGGCUGGAUUGCCUGUGUGUCUUGAAGAAGAGUUGUUCUUUAUCUUGACUAAAGCACAUGCGCAACAUGGAUCUGUCAAUACAACAAAGAUGCGUUCUUAUAUACCUAAAGAACUGUGCAACUUACUUGUCAAAGCAUGUAGUCAAUGCAAUUCAAUUGAAGCCAUCAUUGAUUUGUAUACCUAA